AUGCAGCAAGUCGAGCACGAAAUGAAGAAAACUUCUGGGGUACCGUAUCUUGUCGAUGUUGCGUUGAACCUCACAGACUGUGUCUUUCGCGGUGUUGACUGGAAAGGACGGCGGGUCCACGCGGACAAUUUUGAUGAUGUUCUUCGGCGAGCAGGGGAGCAGAACGUAAAAAAGAUGAUUGUUACCGGCACAAACCUUGCGCAGUGUGUUAAAGCGAUACGCCUUUGCCGUCGUUACCCGUCGCAGCUGCUCUGCACCGUUGGGAUUCACCCCGCUCACUGCGCUGAGAUGAUGUUGCCAAUGGACUGGGCGAGGAUUGAGGAGGCCGCAGAUGACGAUGUUUCGAUUCAGGUGCCCCAGCCUCCUUCUUCCGUAGUCGAUACCACGGCGAAUUGCCAGUACACCGAGGAUCGGUUGAAAAAACUGGUGGAGUUGAUCGAAGAGAACCGUGAUGUUGUUGUGGCCGUGGGGGAAAUUGGUCUUGACUACGCCGAACUUUCCUACUGCCCGCGAGAAAUCCAACAAAAAUAUUUUAUUCGACAGCUUCGUGCUUUUCGUUCGUUGCGUCUGCCAUUUCUCUUUCAUUCACGCGACUGUGGUACGGACUUUGUGCAAAUCAUUGAGGAGGAACGACGAGAAUGGCCAAGCGAUUUUCCCUUCGUGGGUGUGGUGCAUAGUUUCAGAGGACCCCCUGAAGAACAGCAACGACUCUUGGCGAUGAGCGGCAUCUAUUUUAGUAUUAAUGGGAGUGCGUUUAGGGAGAAGAGCACUGCGGAGCAGAUCUGUUCUCUUCCCCUUGAUCGGGUCAUGCUAGAAACCGAUGCGCCCUGGUGCGACAUUCGCAAACAGCAUUACGGGGCGCAGUUUGUGCGAACUUUUUUUGAGACGAAUUGCAAAGGAGGUCCGUUUGUGUCUACGUUGUGUAAUGAACGUCGCAACGAGCCCUGCCACCUGCGACAGGUUUUAGAGGCAUACACGGGCGCGUUACGUCGCUUUGGAGAGAAGAUGGCAGACGAAGCGUUGCGUGGCAUUACAGAGGAGGAAGUUGUGCGGCAACUGUUUAACAACUGUGUCACCGUUUUUGGCCUUGGAGAAGCUGAGAAAAUUGACGCAGACACGCGUGACUGA